AUGCUUGCACUUGCUGUAACCCUAUUCGUUUCCUCAUUCACCACAGUGGGUAUACAAUGUGAUGGGUACUACUGCAUGACUUACACAACUAAUGACAAUAUAACUCUUCUCCGAAGCCGGGUCCUUACGGACUGGCACAGUGCAGAAAAGAGACUCCUCUUCCAACCUCUAAAGGACAUGAACUACUCGACCGACAUAUGGGGCCCAGAGCUCCAUGGAAACUGGUAUGCCAUUUUCACCGCCGACCCAAACCAUGACUCCCCACCUCCGGAAGUGGACAUGUACUAUGAAGAGAGCUGUCCCGCAGUACAUCACCGGAUGUUUGUGUUCGAAGGCCUGGGAUCAGAUCCAUGGGUGGCAAAUUUCAGCUUCAAGGCACAGUUGAACACUUAUGACCAGUUCCCUAUUGAUGGUACAUACCUUCAACACAAGAGUGGGUUGUAUCACGUGUACAACUGCUGGUACCGAGAAUUCGAUGGCUGGCCAGCGAAUCUUUACAUCACCAAGAGUAUGCUGCAACUCCAAGUCACUAGAUCAAAGGCUGGCGCCCGACCUAGUGUCGGAUCCCUGGACUAUUGGCACCAAUCUUUCUCAACUCCAAAUCCUCUUCGUUCCUACCAACCCCUAAGAAAAGACGCCAUAUGGCCGUCCGCUCAACGCCCGUCUCUCCUCCAACGAAGCCACACAGAAACUCACCAACCGUUCUACUAG